AUGCAUCUUACCAACAUUCUCCUUUUGGCCUCAUCAGCGGCUGCCAUAUCCCUCCCCAAUUUUCCCGACAUCAGCCAAAUCUUUGCUCGCAAGGACGGUGACAAGUGCCCAACGGUCUGGACAAGCAUCUCCAAGGAGUUGACCGGCAAGUUUUUGACAGACGGACAAUGCAACCCAGAUGCACGUGCAGCCAUUCGUGCCGUGUUCCAUGACUGUGGAGCAUGGAACAAAGCACAAGGUGCAAAGGGUGGCUGCGACGGCAGCCUUGUCUUGGCUGGCGAGCUUUCCAAACCCGAGAACAAUGGUCUGCAAGCCAUCGGUGCCUACCUCAAGGGCCGCGCUGAUUUCUGGAAAGUCAGUGUGGCAGACAUGAUUGUCUUUGCCGGCUCCCACGCGAUCGUCACCUGUCCCGGUGGCCCACGUGUGCAAACCUACAUCGGCCGCAAAGACUCCAGCACCCCGGCUCCAGACGGUUUACUCCCAGACGUCCGAGCUCCUGCCGACUCUCUGUACAGGCUGUUCCUAGACAAAGGCCUUGAUGCCGUUGACCUUGCCGCUCUCCUCGGCGCGCACUCCACAAGUAACCAAUUCCACUUCGACGAGACCGCACCCAACGCUGGCGCCCCACAGGACUCGACGCCAGGUGUCUGGGACGUCAAGUACUACGCCGAGACCACCGCACCGCCAAAGGGUGUGCUGGUGCUUCCGAGUGAUGCCAAGCUGGCUGCGCAUGCAACCGUGGGCAAGGAGUUCAAGGGAUUCGUUGGAAACGCAGGAAAGUGGAACGGCAAGUUUGCUGAUGCCAUGGCGAGGAUGGAGAGGUUUGGAAGUGACGGGACAAAGAAACUCAUAGACUGCACCAACGCGCUACCAAGUGCCACCAACGCGAAGCGGGAGUUGAAGGGUAUGUCCAUAUUUGCUCCUAGGCAUUAG